AACUGUGACCCACAGACAGCGACUGAAGUCCAACUUGGAUAUAAUUCAGAAGAGUCCUCUAUGUUGUGUUAUUUUUUAUUCGUGGGUCAUGCCUGUUCGUGUGCUGUCGAGUUCAACAGCUGGCGUAUCCACUUUUAGAAACACGCUGCUGGGACUCGGGCGCUCUUCUAAUGGUCUGUGAAGAAAGUCGCGUGAUCGCUUGAAAGGAUUCAGAAACAUAUUUGUUGAUGAUGACAGUUAGGCUACGUCAGCUCGUGCGUGUGUAACUUUCGGAAAUUAAAAACAAAUGAAGGGAGUGCAUUACACCGUCUUUUUGGAGAUCUGGUACUAGACCUACCGCCGGGAUGAACAGUAAUUAAUACGGUCGUGUUUGACAGACACCUUGGAUAAAUUUUAGGCUAUAUAUAGGUGAGGCCUCGUCCUUAUCCUGCACACUUUGAUCACAAUGGCUGUGUUCAAGCAGCAGCAGGUCGAGACUUUCUAUGAGAUUGGAGAGGAAGUUGGGAGUGGGCAGUUUGCAAUUGUUAAGCAGUGUCGUGAAAAGAGUUCGGGCCGGGAUUUUGCUGCCAAGUUCAUAAAGAAGCGUCAGAGUAUUGCUAGCCGGCGAGGUGUGCUCCGAGAAGAGAUUGAGCGAGAGGUCAACAUCCUACAGCAGAUACACCAUCCCAAUAUUGUCAUGUUACAUGAUGUGUUUGAGAACAAGACAGAUGUGGUGUUGAUUUUGGAGCUGGUGUCUGGAGGAGAGCUUUUCGACUUUCUGGCAGAGAAAGAGUCUUUAAGUGAGGAGGAAGCCACACAGUUUAUUAAACAGAUUCUAGAGGGCGUGCACUAUUUGCACACAAGGAAUAUUGCUCAUUUUGACCUGAAGCCUGAAAACAUCAUGCUUCUGGAUAAGAACGCCCCACUGCCCCGAAUCAAACUCAUUGAUUUUGGCUUGGCCCACAAGAUUGCCGAAGGGGUUGAAUUUAAAAACAUCUUUGGAACACCAGAGUUUGUUGCUCCAGAGAUUGUGAAUUAUGAACCACUGGGACUGGAAGCAGAUAUGUGGAGUGUUGGUGUUAUAACAUAUAUUCUGUUGAGUGGGGCAUCUCCUUUCUUAGGAGAAACCAAGCAAGACACUCUGGGAAACAUCUCAGCCAUGAACUAUGAGUUUGACGAUGAAUUCUUUGGCCACACCAGUGAGCUUGCCAAGAAUUUUAUACGACAACUGCUGGAAAAGGACACCAAAAAGAGACUCACAAUUCAAGAUGCCUUGAAUCACCCCUGGAUUAAGUCUAACGAGCAUAAAGAAGAACGCAGUAAAGCACCAGAUAGGAAGAGAGAACGUAGGCAGCUGAAGACAAAGCGUCUCAAAGAGUAUACCAUCAAGUCCCACUCCAGCAUGCCUCCUAACAACACCUACAUCAACUUUGAACGCUUCGCACAGGUGGAGGAGGACGUGUCGGCCAUGGAGGGCUCUUUCUGUCAGCUGGCGUCGGCUCACGACUCCAUGCAGGAAGACAUUGACACAUUAGUGUCCAUCUACAAUGAGAAAGAGAUGUGGUACAAAGAAGAAAGCGAAAACAUCAGACACGAGUUGUCCCAGCUCCGUUAUGAGUUUCGUAAAGUUGAAGCCCAGAGGCGGGGUGUUCACGAAGACAUGAGGAGUGUGGAUGCCAGCGUUAGCCGAGUGAGCGAGCGAUAUAAGGAGAGGCAGACUCGUUAUGAGGCCUUGCAAAAGGAGUUGUGUGCCGAGCUGCAAUGGGUACAGGAAGUGGUGGGUUCAUUCCAGGUCACCUUCCCAAACUGUAGCUUUAGCACUGUGUUUAAUACUGAUGUCAAUGAAGCACUGCAAGAGUUGCUUAAUAGAUCCUGUGGAGGAGACCUGCUGACAGCCAGCAAUCUGGACCAGCAGAGAUGACACAUUAAUAACCCACCACUAACUGAUCACACAUCAUUAUAUUAACACGGGCGAGUUAACUGUGUUGAAGAUAAUGUGUUGGGGAAUAUAUACCUAAAUAAAAGCAGUUAAAUAAACAGGUUAAAUAAAA